GUAUAAAUUUAAUCACCACAAAUCAACCCAUUCUUAGCACAACAAGCACAAACAAUGACUAAAACAGUGUCACUCCAUAACAAACACUAGCGACUUGUGGCAACUGGAUUUGUUUACAAGUGGAGAGACGCGAAACAGUGCACAAGCCACUUAUUUUAAUUUUUCCAGCAUUUUCCACAUUUGGCGCAGUGACACAGUUAGACAGGAUGUUCAUGUGUGGUGUAGGGCGCCCCUGCUCGUGUGCCAGGCAGCAGCGAGGUGCAGGCGAGGCGUGAGGCGAAGUAAUGCUUGUAAUGUAAUCUGAGGAACCAACGCGGGCUAUGUGAUAGAGGAUGGUGUCCACACGGGGAGUGAGGGUGAAGUUUAGCGAGGGGGAGCGAGUCCUUUGCUAUGAGCCAGAUCCCACCAAGGCCAAGGUGCUCUACGACUCCAAGGUUCUGGAAGUAGUGUUCAACAAGGAUGGAAAAGGCCGCAAGCAAAUAGAGUAUCUCAUCCACUUUCAGGGCUGGAACGCCUCCUGGGACCGCUGCGUCUCGGAGGACUUCGUGCUGAAAGACACGGACGAAAACAGGGACUUACAAAAACAGUUGGCAGACAAGGCCCAGAUCAAGCUGUCAAUGAAAUCUAACCGUGUGCUGAUAGGAGGACCUCUCUAUAAGGAACGGAAGAGAAAACGUCGACUGUCAGAGACAAUAAGGGAGACCAUUGAGAGGGAGAGACAGGAGAGAGAACAGCAGGAGGAAUCUGAAACAAGCUCUCAGACUGGGACGACAGUGACAGAGGAGGAUGAGCGGGGCUGGCCAUUGUCUGAGGGCGGCAGCACCACCGGGGGCGAGGACGAGGAGGACGAGGAUGAAGGUGAGGCGGCCAGUGAGGACGACCGCCACUUUCCCCUGGUGAUCCCGGACAACCUGAGGGCCGUGCUGGAGCGGGACUACCACCUCAUCAAUGACAAGAACAAGCUGCUGGACCUUCCCACAGAGAAGACAGUCCUCAGCCUCCUGGAAAACUAUGUGAGGUUCUUUGCCAUGCGCUACUUGGCCAGAACACGAGAGAAGAGGCGCACGGAGAUCAAGGAGAAGGACAAAUGCUUCAUGACGCUGGACCUGUGCAAGGAGGUGAUGGACGGCCUGCGGGUGUGCUUUGACUUCCACAUUGAGACACUGCUGCUGUACGCCCCCGAGAGACGACAGGCGGAGCGUCUGCGCACCGCACAGCCGGUCUACUCCAAGCAGGAGGUGGACGGUGAUGGAGCAGUGGUAGUGGAGGACCGAGAGAGUGUGGAGAGUUUGUGUGGAGACAAGGAUGAUCUUGAGAAUGAGAUGAUGCGAGCCAAGGCAGAGCUCAGCCAGAAGGAGGAAGAGAAGGCUAAAGAGAGCGGGGGAAGGCGAAUGCUGCGCUCCAAGAGGCCUCUGUCUGGGGACUCCUGCUCUAACACUGACCGGGAGAAGGGCGUCUCCCUGGCAUGUGAGUCAGGACGCAGCACCCCCACCACAGUGACUUCUGUGGGCAGCACGGCAGGUGUCAGCAGCCUGGGCCGCAGCACCCUCCCCUACGCCAACCUGCAGCACAACCACCUCCAGGACUGGACGCUGCUGCCGGACCCCUACAGACACCCGCCGCCGCCAGUGCUGCUGUACGGCCACAUCCAUCUCCUCAGGCUGUUUGUGAAGCUGCCAGAGAUCCUAUACAGAAUGAAUCUGUCUGAAAGUAAGAAGAAAGCCAUCAGUAAACACCUCGAUUUGUUCCUUGAAUACAUCAGCACACACAGUGAGGAACUCUUCCUUGAGUCACACUACAUCAACAACAUGGAUGUGUGAUUCACUCAAGCUCUUCACUUCACCACAAUAUAAUUCAUAAUGUCUUUCGCAAGCUGCAGACUGAACUUAGUACUGUAAGCAGUGUUGACUUCCUGUCAGUGGGAGAUUGACAUCAUUAAGAUAGCAUUAUGUGGAGCAGGUAUGCCUGUGAGGCAAGGCAUUGUAACAGGGCAUGAUGAGGAUGAAAGGAGAGUUGUUGUGGAUGCAUGAAUGGAGUUGAGUGUGGCUGCCUGUGCGAAGGAUGUUCCUCUGCAUCUGUCUGUAGAGAAGAGGAUAAGUUUGUUGUUUUGCAGUAGAGGGGACACCACCUCUGCUGUAGGCUCUUGUGAAUAUUGUUGAACUGCACAGCCAUCCUGAAGCUGUGUGUUGUUGUGACAACCGGAUCUUUGUAUCUUAGAGACUCAGACAUGGAUGUGAGGGAGUCAAUGUGGAGAUACUAUUGUCUUGUCUUACCCUUAUAAGGGAAAUGUCUUUUAGUGUGUAGGUUGCUAGACUUAAGACUUCAACUGCAGAAGGACAGGUCUUCAACUCUUCUAACUUACCAAAUUGUCUUUGUGAUGUAAAGAAUGUGUGGCAACUUAGCAUGUAUUGGCUAAGGCCACGCUAUAAAGUUUCACCUUGAUGAGGCAGACACACUGGAUGGCAAGUGUACCUGUCAGCACACAGUCCUUAGACCAGAGCGAGUGCUUCGAUAGGAAUUGGUGUAAAAAGUGCACCAAGGAUGGUAGUGAGCAGAAAAGGAGCAUUGGUAAAAAUUGAUCACUUGCUAGAGUCUGACAGUGAGAGAGUGUGAUACAUAACUCAUUCCCAUCUACAUUAACUUCCUUGUUCGAACAAUAACUCCGACAGAAUGACAGAAGUAUUACAAAACUUUUGAGUGCCAUGCAGUAUUUCCCUAUGUCUGCACCUUGAAAAGCAACAAAUGGUGUCCGGCAGUUCCCUGUGCUCACUGUGUCAGCUACACUGCUUUCCCUUUAGUGUCAAGCACAUUCCAGAAACAAUGACAGGAGUUCUAAUCAUUGUGAGAGUGACACUAUAACAUGAACUUGUAACAACUCUACUGUCACUUGUUAUGUUGUGUGCUUCUGCUGGAGUACAAGGCUGGGAGUCCAGUAAUCCCUUUAAGAAAACAUUGCCAUAACUCAGAAACAUGAACCUUGUGCCUGCCUUGAACCCACAGACAAGCAAGGUGGGUCAAGUGCCACAGACUGGUGCCAAAUGGUGAGAUUAAUUUCAUCAAGUGAUAUUUUGCAUUUGGUUGCAGUUUUUCCUUAAAUGAAAGUAAGAUACAAGUUGUCUGUAGUGAAGGAAGUAUGUGUUGUCCAUGUACUGCUGUGUUGAUGUCAUUAAACUGUGCUACAGCAA